AUGGUGUGGGCUGGAUUGACGUCGGAAGGUAAAGUCCCAUUGGUUUUCAUUGAUAGAAAUGUGAAAAUCAACUCGGAUGUGUACCAAAAGUUGGUGUUGAUGGAUGUUUUACGUCCGUGGGUCACUAGCCACUUUGGCCAGCAACCCUUCAUUCUUCAACAAGAUUGGGCCCCGUCCCAUGGCUCGAAAUCCACGAAAGCUGUUCUCGACGCUCAUUUCCCUGGCUACUGGGGCAAGGACAUGUGGCCCGCUUCCUCGCCCGAUCUGAAUCCACUCGACUUUUCCGUUUGGGGAUAUUUGGAGGAAAAGGUGAUGGCUCGAUCGCACCCAAAUGUGGAUUCACUGAAGGCCGCUUUGCUCAAAGCAUGGGAUGAUCUUGACGAUGACUACCUCCGGCGCACCGUCGCUUCUGUUCCAGCUCGUUUGAAGGCGUGCAUCAAGGCCGAAGGCUCAAACUUCGAAUAUCUCCUCUGA